AUGACUCGGUUGAUUUUAAUUAUUUGCAUUGUGCUGUCAGCAGUUUUUCACAUUCAUGCUGAUAAAGGAGGUGUUUCCAACGGUCUUGUAAUUAGUUUGUCAAACCUAACUAAUAAUACUGAACAAAUUGUUCAAACACUUGGAACAACAUUUAAACAACAACGUGACGUUGUUCGUGCUCUUAAUAACAUAUCAACAGAAUUACCUCUUGCCAAUACAAUUCAUAGUGAUAUUGCUCAAAUUCCGUCUCUCGCUGGAACAAAUGCAUCAGCUCUUAUUAAUGCUAUUGUUGGUUCUUUCAAUAACACUAGAGGUGUUUUAGUCAUUGUAGGUCCAUUAUUAGAUAAUCUUGGGACUGCUCUUGGUCAAGUUCUACAAAGUGUUAUUGAACUUGUCCAACAAGUUUUACGAAUAGUUAUUCGUAUUCUUCGAGAUGUUGCAAAUACUCUACAAGGUACAUUUCAACAAUUUUUGACUGAUCUCGGUCGUCUUGGUGAUAUUCUUAUUAAUAAUCUUGCAAAUGCUGUUUUAACACAAUUAACUGAUAGUAAUCAGGCAGUAGCAAAACUUGGUGAUAUUUUUAACGGUAUUAUUGGAAAUUCUUCAACAUUAACUCCUGCACAAACUCUUAUUCUUGCACGUAUUAUAAAUAAUGUUCUCGGUCUUCAAAAUUCAUUAAGUAAUUUGAUAGCUCAAAUUCUUAAAGCAGUAAAUGCAUUAUUGCAAGCAUUAAUAAAGGCACUCCAAGGCAUUUCGAAUUCACUUCUUUCAUCAUUGACUGUUGCACUUGCUGAACUAGGUUCAAAUGGUGGUGGUAAUGGGCGACGUUCAAUUACAUAA